AUGGCUAAAAAUAUAAUUUAUAUUUUAUGUCCAAGUGGACAUCGACGAAAAGUACAAAUGACACUCAAUAGUAGUUUACUACAAGUACUUGAAGAUAUGUGUACUGAAGAAAAUUUAGAUUCAUCUGAAUGGGGACUUAUGCAUCAACGUACAAAAUGUAAUUUAACAAUACCAUGGCGUUUACAAAGUAUUCCAACAAAUGCUAUAUUAGAAAUGUAUAAACUUGAAAAUCGUCGACAAACUGAUGAUAUUAAUAUUCAAUUACAAUUACCUGAUAAUUCAAGAUAUUCUAGUUGGUUUGAAUCUACAGUUACACUUCAAGAAAUGCUUGAUUGGUUUCGUAUACAACCAGAUAGUAUGAUAGCUGCUCUUGAUAUUUCAAUGAGUGAUGAUCGUAAUUCAUGUCCAGUUUGUUCAUAUAUGACAGAAGAAAUCAUCGGUGAAUAUGCUUUAUCAAAUACAACAUUACGUGAACUUGGACUUUCAAGUGGAACAGCUGUUAUACGUUAUAAUUUACGAUCAGUUAGUGAUGCUGAAUUAGUAAAAAUAAAUAGUCGUAUUGAUGAUAAAAUUGGUCGUCGACGUCAACAACAAUAUGAACAAGAACAAAAAUCUAAACAAAUAACAAAAUCUGAACCUAUACGUUCAUCUCCUCCUUCAAUAUCUAAUUCAUCACGUCCAUUAAUUAAUUCUGAUAUAACAACAUCAAAUGAUGAAGAAUAUUCAAUAUUUCGUGAUCCUCCAGCUGCUACUGCAUCUCGUCCAACAACAACAACACGAUCACAACAACAUUCACGUACAUUAGCUGAAGCAAUUGGACUUAAUCUAUCAUUAGAUCUUGAAUCUGAUAUUAAAAAUCAACAAAAAACUCAAAAUGAUUUUCGUAAUUUUAAAUUUCCUGAAUCAACAAAAGGUAAAAAUCUUUAUCAUAAUGAAUUUGAUGAUGAUUAUAGACGUACACAAGAUGUUAAACCAUGUGAUCGACAUGCAAUAGCAUAUGAUCUAACAAAAACUCGAACAAAACGUGAUAAUCGAAAUAAUACAUCUGAAGAAUUACCUGAUAGUUUUUAUGAAUUAACAGCUGAUGAUCUUCGAUCUGUACUUAAAGAUUUACAACAACAAAGUACUACAGAUAAUCCAUUAGAAACUCGUAGUAUGCGUGAUCGUUUACAUUCAACACAUAUUAUUGUUUAUGAACAAAUAGCUAUUCGAUUUGUUGUUAAUAAUCAUUAUAUACUUCAAGGAUUAUUUCGUCCUGAAGAACCAAUUUCACGUCUUAUUGAUUUUAUACGAACAAAUCUUAUAUGUCGACAUAUAGGAGAAAAAGAUUUUUAUUUAUAUACAUCACCACCACGUAUUAUAUUAUCAGAUUUACGAAAACCUUUAUCAACAUAUGAUUUAUCACCUGCAGCUUUUGUCUAUAUGGGUCAUCGAACAAUAUCACCACUUAAUAUACAACUUAUAUCAAAUAUUCCAAUACGAACAAUUGAUGAAGCUAAUCAAUUAGCUGCUAAAUAUGUUUUUAGUCGUUCAAAAUCAAUAAAUGAACGUAAUCGAGAACGUGAACGUAAUACAUUAUAUAAUGAAAGACCAACUUCAACUAUGAGUUUGACUACUCGUUCAACACCACGUAAUCCAUCAAAUAGUAAUAUUGAUGAUAAAACACUUCGUGAUAAAUUACGUAAAUUUAUACCUGGUAAAAAAUAA